AUGAUGAUGGUUUCUAGCAAAACAUUCUCUUCGCUUCAGUUUUUCUCUCUUUUGUACCUCUUUACAGUUCCUUUUGCUUCCACUGAUGAAGCAACUGCCCUCUUGAAAUGGAAAGCAAUUUUCAAGAACCAGAAUAAUUCCUUAUUGGCUUCAUGGACGCCAAGUUUUAAUGCAUGCACGGACUGGUAUGGAGUUAUAUGCUUUAAUGGGAAGGUAAACACGUUGAAUAUUACAAAUUCUAGUGUCAUUGGUACACUCUAUGCUUUUCCGUUUUCAUCCCUCCCUUUUCUUGAAAAUCUUGAUCUUAGCAUGAACAAUUUCUCGGGAACCAUUCCACCUGAGAUUGGUAAUCUCACUAAUCUCGUCUUUCUUAACUUGAACAUCAAUCAGUUUUCAGGAACAAUCCCACAGCAAAUCGGUUCACUAGCCAACCUUCAGACCCUCCGUAUAUUUGACAACUAUUUAAAUGGCUCUAUUCCUGAAGAAAUAGGUUACCUAAGGUCUCUUACUAAGCUAUCUUUGCGUAGGAACUUUCUAACUGGUUCUAUUCCUGCUUCAUUGGGGAAUUUGAACAACUUGUCUUUUUUGCUUCUUUAUGAAAAUCAGCUUUCUGGCUCUAUUCCUGAAGAAAUAGGUUACCUAAUGUCUCUUACUAAGCUAUCUUUGGCUUUGAACUCUCUUAAUGGCUCUAUUCCUGCUUCAUUGGGGAAUUUGAGCAACUUGUCUGUUUUGGAUAUUUUUGAUAAUCACUUUUCUGGCUCUAUUCCUCUAGAGAUAGGUUAUCUAAGUUCUCUUACUUAUCUAUCUUUGGGUAAUAACUCUCUUAAUGGCUCUAUUCCUGCUUCAUUGGGGAAUUUGAGCAACUUGUCUUUUUUGUAUCUUUUUGAUAAUCACUUUUCUGGCUCUAUUCCUCUAGAGAUAGGUUACCUAAGUUCUCUUACUUAUCUAUCUUUGGGUAAUAACUCUCUUAAUGGAUCUAUUCCUGCUUCAUUUGGCAAUUUGAGAAAUCUGGAAAAUAUGAUUCUCAAUGAUAACAAUCUCAUUGGGGAAAUUCCUUCAUUUGUGUGCAAUUUGACAUCACUGGAAGUGUUGUCUAUGCCGAGAAACAAUUUGAGGGGAAAAGUUCCACAAUGUUUGGGUAAUAUCAGCAGCCUCCAGGUUUUGAUGAUGUCACAUAAUAAUCUCAGCGGAGAGAUCCCUUCAUCUAUUUCCAAUUUAACAUCACUACAAAUUCUAGAUUUGGGCAGAAACAAUCUGGAGGGAGCAAUUCCACAAUGUUUUGGCAAUAUUAGUAGCCCCCAGGUUUUUGAUAUGCAGAAUAACAAACUUACAGGGACUCUUCCAACAAAUUUUAGCAUUGGAAGUUCACUUAUAAGUCUCAACUUGCAUGGCAAUGAACUAGAGGGUGAAAUCCCUCGAUCUUUGGCCAAUUGCAAAAAGCUGCAAGUUCUUGACCUAGGAGAUAAUCAUCUCAAUGACACAUUCCCCAUGUGGUUGGGAACUUUGCCAGAGCUGAGAGUUUUAAGAUUGACAUCGAAUAAAUUGCAUGGACCCAUAAGAUCUUCAGGUGCUGAAAUCAUGCUUCCUGAUCUUCGAAUCAUAGAUCUCUCUAACAAUGCCUUCUCGAAAGACUUACCAACGAGUCUGUUUCAACAUUUGAAAGGCAUGAUGACUAUUGAUCAAACAAUAAAGUUACCAAAUUAUAAAGGAGGUGGAUUCUACUACCAAGACUCGGUGGUUGUUGUAACAAAGGGAUUGAAGCUUGAAGUAGUGAAAAUUUUGUCUUUGUACACAGUUAUUGAUCUUUCAAACAAUAAAUUUGAAGGACGUAUUCAUAGUGUUCUAGGAGAUCUCAUAGCUCUUCGGGUAUUGAAUAUGUCUCAUAAUGGAUUGAAAGGUCAUAUACCACUAUCACUUGGAAAUUUAUCUGUAGUGGAGUCCUUAGACCUUUCGUUUAACCAGCUUUCGGGAGAGAUACCACAACAACUUGCUUCUCUUACGUCUCUUGAAUUCUUAAAUCUCUCCCACAAUUAUCUCCAAGGAUGCAUCCCUCAAGGACCCCAAUUUCGUACCUUUGAGAACAGUUCAUUUGAUGGUAAUGAUGGAUUACGUGGAUUCCCCGUUUCAAAAGGUUGUGGCAAUGAUCCUGUGUCAGAGACAAACUAUACAGUGUCUGCGCUAGAAGAUCAAGAAAGAAAUUCUGAAUUUUUCAAUGAUUUUUGGAAAGCAGCUCUGAUGGGCUAUGGCAGUGGACUAUGCAUUGGCUUAUCCAUAAUAUAUUUCUUGAUCUCAACUGGAAAUCUAAGAUGGCUUGCAAGAAUCAUUGAAGAACUGGAACACAAAAUUAUCAUACGAAGGAGAAAGAAGCAGCGAGGUCAAGGGAAUUACAGAGGAAGAAAUAAUCGCUUCUAGACAAGUUACCAAUAAAGAAGGAUUUGAUUUCAGAACUUCAGGUAUUCAAGCUAAGCUCUACACUAAUCUUUUUUAGUUUAUUC